CAUUUCUUACCUUCACACACACAGGUAGGUAGGGCACACAGGUCUGGGAGUGUGUGCACACGAACACGUCACAUACCCAGAAGCAUCCACAUACAGAUACACACUCGCAUUCUCACUGUGAGUGACCUGUUGCCAUUGGCCAGACCCACCAACCCUCUGCCUGUCCGAUCUGAAGAACAGGACCAUUUGGGAAAGGAGGAGAAAGAGCAGGACGAUGGUAUCGCUGAGAUUGAUGUGGGGACUCCUGGUCCUGUGUGUGGUGGCAGCCUCUCCCCCCAGAUACGCCCGACAAGCAGAACUAGACAACUAUGACAACAACAACGUGGAUUUAGACCUAAAUGUGGAGGGUGGCGAUUUAUAUGACUAUUACGAUGAAAUUGAUGAAACACAGAUAGAGAUUGACACCUUGGGCCCUGAUGAGGACAUUGAUCCUUCAAAUGGUGCCUCGUUUGAAGAGGAAGAAGAGGGGGAGGAGAAGAAUGUGGAGCAUGAAGAACAAGAAGAACGGAGGACAGUUGAGGAGAUUGACCACAAGGAAUUACCCAUUAAGCCUCAGCUUAUUCCAUCAGGCUCUGGGGAGUCAGGGACUUUGAUGGGCCCUAGUGCUCAGGGAGAGGAGGAGCUUCGUCUGACGCCCAUUGACAUCCUUCAGAUUUCUGGGGACAUUUCGGGUUCUGGUGACUUGGGCUCUGGAGCCUCUGGAGACUUGCUCGAUAACAAAGCUUCUGGUUCUGGAGAGCCUUUGGGCUCUGGAGGUUCUGGGGCCUCUGGUGACAUUUCAGGUUCUGUGGACUCAGGGGACCUUGUUUCUGGAGUCUCUGGGCUUUCUGGUUCAGGCAUAAUAUUGAUCUCAGGUAGAGAGGAGGAGCUCCACCUGAUGCUUGAAACCCUUCCACACGAAGCCUCUGGGGAUUUUGGGGAGUCUGGGAUCUCUUGGGUGUCUGGAGCCUCUGGGUUACCAGAGGUGUCAGGGGAUCCUUCGGCCUCUGGAGUACCUGAGGUGUCAGGAGAAUCUGGGGCAUCUGGGGUACCUGAGGUCUCAGGAGAACCUGGGGUACCAGAGGUGUCAGGGGAUCCUUGGGCCUCUGGAGUACCUGAGGUGUCAGGAGAAUCUGGGGCAUCUGGAGUACCUGAAGAGUCAGGAGAGCCUUGGGCCUCUGGGGUACCUGAGGAGUCAGGAGAGUCUGGGGUACAUGAGGUGUCAGGAGAGCCUGGGGCCUCUGGGGUACCUGAGGUACCAGGAGAGCCUGGGGCCUCUGGGGUGCCUGAGGUGUCUGGAGAGCCUGGGGCCUCUGGGGUGCCUGAGGUGUCUGGAGAGCCUGGGAUUUCUGGGGUGUCUGAGGUGUCUGGAGAGCCUGGGAUCUCUGGGGUGUCUGAGGUCUCUGAAAAGCUUGAGCCCAUUGAAUGGUUUGAAGAGUCUGGCAUCCCUGAAGAGACUGGAGAGCCUGUGGUCUCUUUGGAGUCAGGAGAGUCUGGGGGGACUGAGGCCCCAGACGUCACCACUGACAUAUUAAUUCCUGACCUAUAUGAAGAGGAGGAAAUACUCCUAACUACCCUGACCACUCCCCAGGAGGGGACUGGGGGGGAUAUAGGGUCAGGGUUACUACCUGAUAUUGACACAGAUACAACAGGUAUGGCUACCUGUAUGCUGUGCACCUGUCUGGUCGGAUCUGUGUACUGUGAUGACCUUAAGCUGGACCGUGUUCCUCCCCUCGCCAAAGAAACCACUCAUUUCUAUGCCCGCUACAAUAAAAUUGCCAGGAUCAGCAAGUCUGACUUCGCCAACUUGAAUAAAUUAAAGAGGAUCGAUCUGACUAGCAACGGCAUUUCCAGGAUUGAUGAUGAUGCUUUCUUUGGCCUUCCUGCUCUGGAAGAGUUGAUAUUACGAGAGAACAGUAUAAGACAACUUCCUGCUCUGCCACCCUCUAUGUCUCUUAUUGAUGCCUGUCACAACCAGUUGGGCAACACUGGCAUCCAGAGAGAAGCUUUCAAGGACAUGCCAGGGCUACUUUACCUUUACUUGACUGACAACAACAUAGACCACAUCCCAGUUCCUUUGCCUGACAGUCUGCGCUCCCUGCACCUACAGAAUAACAAUAUCCAGAUGAUGCACGAGGACACCUUCUGCAAUCCACAUGAUUUAAAUUACAUCCGCAACGCUCUAGAGGACGUUCGCCUGGACGGUAAUCCCAUCAACCUCAGCAGAACCCCACAGGCCUACAUAUGUUUGCCACGUAUCCCUGUUGGUGCCCUUAUUUAAGCCGGAAAACGCACAAUCAAAUGCACACAUACAAAACUCACACGUAUGCACAUGCAUCAAACCUCCUCUGUAUGCGUACCUCUCUUUUUUUUUUUUUACUUUGGGCUCAAGCAAACACUUGGAUAUGAAUGGCUGUCUUUAAAGGAGGUUGGCAUAAAUACAUAAACCUACACUCUCACAGGAGUUCAGGUGGACACUUCCAACUCUACGCUGCUUGUGUUUCUACCUUUUUACACAGUACAUACUUUUCAUAAUGUAGGUUUGUAGUCGUAUCUGGAUUAAUGACGUCUCAAACAGUUUUAGAGAAACAGAGAAACAUCCAUGCAUAACUCUGAAAGUUUUUUAUUUAUCAAAUACUGGAAAACAAGAUGUCAUUAAUUUACAAAUGCAAAUCUGAACACAACAAAAACUUUCACUAUGUGUGCUGUACUGGUUGCCUGUUUGGGGCUAGCUGCAAUAGCCAGCCCAAAUUGUUUAAAUAUGUUUUGUAAAUUAAAUAUUGUUAAUAUUCAUAUAGAAUUUAACAAAUGUUUAUCAUAAUUAGCAUAAACUAAUUGAAGCUGGUGCUCACUGAACUUCUUGAAAGGUAAAUUUGACUAAUGCAAUAAAAGCAUUCUAUCAAUGAA